CUUUUGUUCUAUUUCUUCUUUCUUCACAUUUUAUUAUUAACUUAUGGGCGUUUACUUGGCAUCAGUUACUGGUUCAAAUAUAUUAGGAUUCUCAAAUCCUGCUUAUAUUCCAGCUACUUCACUAUUUUCAUUUCAUCCAAUAAUAUUUACUUAUUUCAUCUUGGCUACUUUCCUUGUUCCUUAUCCUAUGUAUCGUUUUAUUGCUAAGAGAUAUAAAUGGGAAACAAAUCAUAAAACUGUAGCUCGGCAUUGGAGUGAUACGAUGUUAGCCUUUAGUUAUGGGGUCAUUUUAUUUGUAUUUGGAAAUUAUACCCGAACUUUUAGUUGGAUUACCAUCAUUACUUUUUACCCUUCUUUAUUUGCCUAUGGUCUCAUUGCUGAACUACCAUUUGCAAAGACGUCUUUACCUGAUAUAAAAAAUUGGCCAAAAUCAAUGUGGAUACUCUUUUUAGUAGCAUUAAGUGUGAUAUUAGCAUUUGCAGGCAUACAUAUUUAUAUAGCAUCACAACUUGAAUUACCUUUUGUGAUUUAUUAUGUCUGCAGCUUGUUGAUCCCUGGCUUCUUUUUAACUGUUGCUAUUCUCUUGAUCAAAGAAACGAAUACACCUAUUUUAUCUCAUAAAUGGAGGCAACAUCAAGAAGACCAAAGUACAAGUCAUCGAAAAGUGAGUUUACACAUUCAUCAUUGGCAAAUAUUUUAUACUUUAGCAUUUUAUACAAGGUUUAUGCAUCCUAUUUCUCAAGUUGCAUCUGGUAUUGUUCUCGCUUGUUAUAUGCAAGGCAUUUAUGCAUAUGGUUAUGAUCCUUUAGUGAAUGAUGACUAGUUUUCAUGUAUGAGUUGGAGACUAUAUAAUAUAUACCCUCAGCUUCUCCUUACACCCUACCCUAAAAACCCUCUUCCUUUAUACACAAAUACAUAUACAUAUAUAUAU